UUCAAUUCAAUUCACAUUAAAAAUAUUAUUUUAAACAUUCAACUUUUUGUUUUUUCACACUAAUAUACCUUUUAAACAAUGCUUGCCGGUGGUACUCGGAUUGUGGUCGUUAUGGUCGGCCUGCCCGCUAGAGGCAAAACCUAUAUCUCAUACAAAGUUUCGCGGUAUCUCGUGUGGCUCGGCGUCAACUGCCGCGUGUUCAAUGUCGGCGAGUACCGGCGCACGAUUGUCGGCGCACAGCUCGACCACAGUUUCUUUGACCCGCACAACCAGGUGGCAACCGACCAGCGGCUAAACUGCGCAAUGAUGGCGCUGAAUGACGUGUUCCGGUGGUUCGAGGCCAUACACAACGGCGUGGCCAUCUACGAUGCGACAAACUCGACGCGGUCACGGCGCAAGAUGAUCCUGGAUGAGUGUCAAAAGCACAACAUUGAAGUGAUGUUCUGCGAGAGCUGGUGCGACGACAACGACCUGAUUGACCUCAACAUCCGCGAGGUCAAGCGCACAAGCCCCGACUACAAGGGCGUGCAGGACGUCCAGCGCGUGAUGGACGACUUCCACAGCCGGAUCGACCACUACAGCGAAGUGUACGAGCCGGUGGGCGGCGACGGCACUCGGCCGCUGGCCAAGGGCAAGUAUCAGCUGCCGCCGACGAACCCAACGCUGGAGGAGUACGACGAGCGGAUGGUCUCGUACGUGCGCAAGAUCAACGUCGGCGCCAAGAUAGUCAUCAACCGCAUCACGAGCUACCUCGAGUCGCGCAUAAUCUACUUUAUGAUGAACAUCCACAUAGCUACGCGAUCGGUGUUCUUCAGUCGCCACGGCGAGAGCAUGUACAACCUGGACCAGCGGCUAGGCGGCGACCCUCAUCUCAGCCCCAAUGGGCGCAAAUACGCUGAAGCGCUGCCUGGACUGGUCUCUAAGCUACUGGGCGACCAGCCGCUGACUAUCUGGACAUCGACUUUGAAGCGCACGGCGGAGACUGCUGCGGCUUGCCACGAAAACAAGUUUGAAUUCCGCUACCGCGGCGGCGAAUCAUACCGGGACGUGGUCCUGCGACUGGAGCCAGUCAUCAUGGAACUAGAACGCCAGCAGAAUAUCAUGAUAAUCUCGCACCAGGCCGUGCUGCGUUGCAUCUAUGCCCCACAUUCUUACUGUCAUGAAAUUUUUUUUCCCUCAUCGAAUGGCAUGAUUCUUCGCACCCACAUUAUCUUUGGCUGUAUAUAA